AUGCCGCAGCUCGUAUGGUUCAUCACGGGUACCUCGAGCGGCCUGGGCGCGGAGGUAGCCAAGGCAGCACUGGCCAACGGAGACAAGGUUAUUGCGACAGCGCGUGGCUCGGUAGACCGGCUGAGCGGUCUCAAGGAAGCGGGCGCUACCACUAUGAGUCUUGACGUGACGGCAGAUGUGGCGGAGAUCCAGAAGACUGUUGAAGAAGCCAUCGGGGUAUACGGUCGGAUCGACGUCGUGGUUCCAAAUGCUGCGUCUAUCGAUGGAAGAUUUCUCGAAGCCACGACACACGAGACAUGGAAGUCACAAUUCGACAUCAAUUUCUUCGGCGUGACCAAAGUCGUCGACAGCAUCCUACCUCAUUUCCGAACCCGCGGUGGCGGGACAGUGGCUUUCACAAGCUCCGUAUGGGAAAUAUCCAGUAAUUUUGGCUGCGGCACCUACUCGGCAUGCAAGCAUGCGGUGGCAGCGUACGCCAAAACGAUAGCAGUGGAGAUGGGAGCACUCAAUGUCAAGCCCAUCCUGUUCCAGAUGGGCUUCCUUCGGACGGAACUCAUGGAGAAGGGGAGAUGGACAGAUCCGACGCAGGAAGAAUACAAACCUGCUCUGGAAGUUGUCCGCGGCAUCAUUGGAGAUGGGCCACCUUCGUCGGCGGAUUUUCCUGGCGACGCGGCGAAGUUUGGGGCGCGAAUCGUUGAGACGGUGCAUGAUACGGGGAGGAAGUCCAUGUUCGUGCAAUUGGGCACCGAUGGUCUCGAAACGGUACGAGCAUACGCAAAGGCUUUGUUGGCGGCGUGUGAUGAGAAUGAGGAGAAGGCUCGGAGUACGGAUUUAGAUGAGCAGAAGCGUGGGCUGUUCGCGCAGACGGAGAACUUGUUCUUCCUGGCGUAG